CGAUAUCACAAGCUUAAGGAAGCUCAAUACCUGCACCUCCUCAAGUGAGAAAUCUAGGGCAAUAAGCGGCCGAAGAAAACAGGGUUAUUGUGAUCGACUUGAUUAAAGCAUAAAAUGGGAAAGGCAAAGAUUGCAAUCAAGAAGAUUGACAACUUGACGAGCAGACAAGUAACUUUCUCGAAGAGAAGGGGAGGGCUUCUGAAAAAGGCGAGGGAGCUCGCUAUUCUUUGCGACGCUGAGGUCGGACUCAUCAUCUUCUCAAGUACAGGCAGACUUUAUGAUUUCUCCAACACAAGUGUUAAAUCAGUGAUUGACCGAUACACCGAGACAAAACAGGAGCAGCAACGCCUCGUGAAUGCAAACUCAGAAGCCAAGUUCUGGCAGAAUGAGGCAACAAGUUUGAGGCAGCAGCUGCAUAAUCUACAAGAAAAUCACAGGAUGUUGACGGGUGAAGACCUUUCAGGUCUCAGUGUCUAUGAUCUACAAAACUUAGAGUCCCAACUGGAUAUGAGUUUACGAGGAAUUCGAACGAAGAAGGAGCAAAUGUUAAUCAGUGAGAUACAAGAAUUAAACAAGAAGGGUAGCCAGGUUCACAAAGAAAAUAUGGAUCUCUACAAUAAGCUAAAUGAUAUUCGUCGAGAAAAUGAGGAAUUACACGAGAAGGUUUCAGAAGCAAGAAGAUUGAACGCUAGCGCCGCCAGAAGUUCUUUUGUUUCAUAUGAAGUUGCACCUAAAGAAGAAGAGGAUGAAGAAGUAACCAUUCAUCUCUAG